CCCGUUAGGGGGUGCAUACGGCGGGGAUGCUUUCUACGGCACAACACCGGACCAAGAAGACGGGCGUAUAACGCGUACCCAACCGGCCAAUGCAGCGUCCUCUCCGUUACUACGUCCAUUGAGCCACCCCACUUUCACUUUACUUGAGAGUAGGAUUGAUAACAUGGCAGAAGAAAUGUCUCUCUAUGGAAUUAUACUUCUCCUUUCUGCACUGGGGAUAAUUCAAGAGGGUAAGGAAAACUUCAAUCUGUGUUUUUGAGUUUCUUUGAGCCGGACGAAGCUGCGCGUCUGUGCUUUUUAAGUCACGUUUUUUCGCGCCUUGAUUUGGGCGGUUCCGUGUUACAUGUUUAGCGUUACACUAAAAACAACGUUGAAAUUGUUUGCUGCUGUAUUUUCUCCUACAUUAUAACUCGAAGACAGCGGUGAUAUUACAGCUAAUUUCUGCCAUCUGUGCGUAAAAAAAAAGGCUAAAAUGCUUUUCCGGUUGGGUAACUCAAAACACUGCACGGAUUUACCAACGAGAGUUUGAUUAACAUGUUGAAAGUAUUUGUUUUUUCCGGUUUGAGAGGCCUGCAUUGCGAAAUGGCAGCCUAAUGUCUGUUAAAUGAUAUUUGCUCGGGUUAGAAAAUUGCUUUCACCAUUUUGAAUGUAUUUAGAGGCUGAGCAGAGGUUUAUGAUAAUUUAGACCCUGAAAUAAAUGUUAUUAACUCAAACAAAGUGCUGUAUGAUCAUCAGUUUUCUUCAGACUUUUAAUAAACCUUUUGCAGGGCUCUCAAGUUUUGAACUAAGCUUAGAGUGAGAUUCCCUUGGGGUGGGGGUGGGGGAGUGAUUGAAGAUAAUUAUUAGUAUAAUAAUCUAAUAAAUACAAUGGAGUAUGAGGGCCACAUUAAGAAAGAAAAAAACAUUUUUAAAUCUUUGAGAUUAAAGUUAUUAUUUAGGAGAAUAAAGUCAUUAAUGACUUUAAGAAUAAAGUAGUAAAGUUACCUGUUGUGGAGGAGAGUUGUUAAAAUCAGCACUGAGGAGCAUUUAGAUGAAUUGUACUUUAGUAUAGGUUUCACAGACAUGGAGAUACUUAAUCCUUUGGUAUAUCAGCAUUACACUGUCACGAGUAUCAGAACUUUAAAAAGAAUAUAUGAGAAAUGCUGCUUUUGUGGAGGGGAAAUGGCUGUACAGAGGCUAAAUUCAUCAAUGCAGCUGUUAAUAGCAAUAGCAUAGGGCUUUAGUUUAUCAUAUGAGUUUAUCUGCCAUGAGGUGUUGAGGUCUCUGCAUGUGUAGGUUACUGACUUACUGUAAUCAUCGGGUCUAUCUCGUCCUUAUAAAAACCUGCUCUAUUUUGGCGAGUGUCUGUCUUCUUCUGUAGUCAAACCGCAAGAUAUCAAAAUCCAUCCGGAUACAGCAAUGCUGCUUUUUGAUUGGCUGUUCAGUAGAUAUACUUUAUUUGAUUGGCUUGCGCGUGGCACGCAGCUUCUGAACUCUCGGAGAAACUCCGUUGAUUUCUACCUGUUCCAUAGUUAAAGAGGUGCAACUUGGUGGACAUCACCAUGUUCAUUUAAAUGCGUGAGAAAUACAAUGUGUGGCGUGUGAGCGUGUGAACAGGUGGGAAUGCGUGUGUCUCACGCUGAAUGCGUGAGACUUGAGAGCCCUGCUUUUGAAAGACCUUUAGUUAACAACUUAUCCUUUGCAAACUGACCACAAUGUGAGCUUUUGUCACCUGCAGGUCGAACAUUGAUACAGACACAGUCAGAAGGGUCUGCCAGGUUAGGAGACCAGGUGGACUUUAACUGCCAGCUAACACAGCCUGAGGAUGGUGACCAGAAGAUUUCACCCCCUUUAGAUCCGAUUGUAAAUCUCAGUGGAUUUAAGGGUGACUGUGGACACGAGGACAGUCACAUAGUGAUGAGGAAGCUGACAGAGCAGGAUGAAGGAUGCUAUAAAUGUAUGUCCAACUCCCACCCAGAUGGUGCUUCAUCUGGUCCCACCUGUGUCAGACCCUUCGGUAAGAAGAAGACUUAUUUUUAAAGCUUAUUUUGCAAGACAAUCAUAGAUAAUUCUCUAUUUUGUCUUAAUUUAGCUGUUUCAGAGCUGUAUGGACCUGUUCUUCUCGCCAGAGGCCCGAACUCCACUGUAGAUGUGGUUGUUUCCUGCACAGUCUCAGGUAAACCUCAUCCCUCUUUGGAAAUCACAUUCCCUCAUCAAGGCCUGCGCUUAGGAAGAAUCAUCGACCACUGCGUCUUUAACAACGACAGCUCAGCGACGUUCACCAUGACGGCAAUGAUGACUCGCCUCCAUCAGAACAGCACAGUGGUUGGAUGUGCAGCUCAGGUGUCCUCUCUUCCUGAGAAAAAAUCUUACAGGGUGUUUUUGGAGGUGAAACAACCCCCUGCUGAUGAUGGUAAGAAAAUAUGUCAAGAGCCACAGAUGAACAGGUUGAUAAACACUUUCUGGUUUUAAAGCUUUUUUUGUUUUUCCAGCUCUCAAAGAGGAAUCUGAAGAGGAUAACAUCAGUCACGGUAAGUCACUGUUCAGUAUUCUUGCUGUCUUGAUUGUUGACUGUGUGGUCUUCAUGUUUCUCCUGUCUUCUUUAUCUCAAAGGGGAACCUGAAGUGGGUAACAUCAGUAACAGUAAGUCACUGUUCAGUAUUCUAGCUGUCUUGAUUGUUGACUGUGUGGUCUUCAUGUUUCUCCUGUCUUCUUUUUCUCAAAGGCAGGACUCUGAUCAUUGUGUUAGUUGUGUUGGCGAUCCUCAUUGGUUUGUCCGUGGCCCUCUUUUUCCUGUAUAAAUUUAAAAAACAGACCAGGUACUUUUUUUUUAAUCUCUUGUGUCUUGGUGUUUGAACCUUGGGGUUUUUCAAGGUUCUAACUAUUCUGAAAUCCUUCAGUCUGCCACAUGUGAGCCAUCAGAUUGUUGAGACCAGUUGAGCUGCAGACAGAGACCCUUAGAGGUGAGAAAUGCUUAGAUUUCACGUUUUUCUUUCUCUUGAAUAUCAGUAUUUGUUGUUUCAUAUAUCUUGGUUUUAUGACUCAAAUAUUGAGGAUUAAAGUCGAUGUUUGUUUACUUUGUCAAGGGCUGAAGCAUCAAUGGAAGACAACAUUCAGAUCAGAUUUCGAUCAUCACCUCUGAAGUUGAUGUGAGUCCACCACCUCUAACUCCCAGGAGACUGUGGGAAUAACAAGAUCAACUUUUUGAAAAACCAAAACAAGAUUAUGAAUCUUCUGUUUAAUAACCAGUUUAGAGUCGUCAUUUAUGAAAUGCUGUAUCUUCUCCUUGAACAAGCUGUGCCUUAGCUAAUCUAAAUUCAUGUGAUGUGCUGAAACCCCAGAUCACUUUUUUUCAUAAUUGAAGUUUUUGUUUAACCUCUAUAUAUUUAACAUUAUACAGAAGAUAUCAAACUUCAGCACAAACAAAACAACCAUAUUUAUCUUAAUUACACAUACCAAAAACAAAAUACGCAUAUAUAUUCACACAUAACCCAACCCAUAAGUAGGGUUGGGUAUCGUUUGAUUUUGAACGAUUCCGAUACCGAUUUCGAUUCCUCGUUUCAAUUCCGAUUCCUAUCGAUUCUUUUUUUCGAUUCUUUUAAAAGGCAGGAUAUCCAAAAAAAAAAUGCAUGGUUUGAAUGAGGGUGCUAACCGGAGCUCUUCUUCUUCUACCUCUUCUAACUUUUUAAGAACUUUACUAUGAAUUUCUCACAGGGCUAUUUACAUAGAGGUGUACUUGGGUAUAUAAACUGUACAGUAAGCUGUCAAGGUGGAGAACAUUAUAUUUUCGGGACAGUAAAUAUUCAGAAUCAGAGGGCUAUUGUUUCGGCUUAUCUGAAUAGUCUGAACGCAAUCAUUAAAGGCACAUGCUGAAGAUUCCGUUCAACGGUACGAAAAACCUGGACUGUUUCGCCUUGUUAUGUACUUUCAACCGCGCUCCUGGCAGGGGUGCAUUCUACGGCACAACACCGGAGAAGCGUGUCAAAGACGAGCACUCGGGUAUUUCUCCUCCAUGAAUCCUCAGGUGUUUAAUCAUGUUGGUCGUUUACCCUCCUUUGCAUGAUAUAACUGUAUUGCUAAUGUUGCACUGAGAUAAGAGUUCGUUCUUGCUGCUAAAGUUAGCCAAACUUUUGACCAACAUAGAAGACGCCGCGUAAUACCAAUGAGGACGGAGCAUAUGAGACGAAGCCACACAGAAAGAGAAGAGAGACAGAGAGAGAAAGUACAUUGCAACCCACAGCAAUGCCGCUGUGGGUUACAAUGCACUCUCUCUCUCGAGAAGGAUGGUUGUUCUGGUUGAGCUUUUCCAAGCCACCCCCCUAACUUUCCUAUAACCUCUUUCCGGAAAGGAAAAAAUCAAUGAGCACACCCACAGUGAGUGCACCUCCCUGUGUGUUACACUUCCAACAAAGGUUAUUCUGUAUCAAGCCCAUUUCAUGGAGUCUUACUGGCGUAAAAUAGUAUCUAUGAAUAAUUUUAUAAUGUGUUAAUUUACCUUGGGCAUUAUUGUGAUUGCCAGAGGUUCUAGGAAUAAAAUCACCAAUAAAAGUGAUAUCCCGGAUCACUUCUGAAAUAAGGUCUGUACGGGAAGCACCCUGAGGCCCGAUCGAAUGGCCUUAUAUCUGGUGAGGUUUUAAGACACCAAUAGAAAGACAACACCUGAUGGCUGAGCUCAUCAGGGAGGGGCUUCGCCUCAUUAGCCCUGCCCAGGCACCAUUAGAAACAAGGUGUGAUCAGGCAUGUUCAAACUUGUCCAGGGGAUUGGUAGUGUAAUAAGAAGUGAAUGCCUAUUGUGAAAUGCUGUAUAAGAAGGCGAUUUUCUUUGUUUCCUCAGUCUGGAUUCUGCAGAUUUCAAUCUCACUGACUUUGUUCAUUUGCAUGCUGAAUAAAGUAACUUGGAUGCACCAUGGACAGUCUCAUCUCCUGAUUUGAGUCAGACUACUGAUUUCUUCAUCGAUCGAAGGUUCUACACUUAGACUUAGACAAGCCAACAACAAAGCUAGGAGUGUCUAGUGUAGAGCUCAGCAGAGGUCAAGAUCCCCCUGAGGGACAGCUCCUGCAGCCAUCACUGGGAGAAUUGAGACACGUCAUUUGACGCAGCCAGCCAUGAGGGGUGACAAGCCACCGUGAUCAGCAGGGACGAGAUCGGCACCUGCUCCUCCAGACACCAGGCCUACAAAAUUUAAGGUAAUUGGCCGGCAGUCUGCUCAGGGUCACCGCACUCACAGGCCGCACUGUCCAUGAGGCCCCACUUCCUCGUUGAUGUUUUAAAGUGACCAACCCCAGUUCUUAGGCAGUUCAAUGUUGUCCAUUGUUGGUGUGGUAGGUCGUCUCCUCCUAUAGCGCCACCUCCUGGGUCCCAAGUGUAACGAUGGAUGCGAGAGGGCCCAUCUGACUGCCACUCCUGCUUCCAAGCUGCUGCCAGCCAAGCAUCUCUGGAGAUGUCCUCAGAGGUAAAACUGAGCAUCUCUUGCACUGCCUUGUAGGGGUGGCGGGAUUUGAGUCUGCUUGGUGCUGCUGUUGUUGUGCAGGAUGUGCCAAUCAUGCCUUUGUGCCUUCCUGGCCAGGGCAAGGGUGACAGCCUCCUGUCAGAGGCCAGCUGGGGCUAUUCAUGGGAGGAGCCAUUGUAACACAUGAAUAUUCUUUGGUAUAAACCAUUCCAUUGAAGCUCUGGCUUUAUGUUUAGGGUCAUCGUCUUGCUGGAAGGUGAAUCUCUUUCCCAGUCUCAGUCAACAGGUUUUCUUCCAGGAUUGCCCUGUAUUUCGCUCCAUCCAUCCAUCCUCCCAUCAACUUUGACCAGCUUCCCUGUCCUUGCUGAAGAAAAGAAUCCCCACAACAUGAAGCUGCCACCACCAUGUUUCACAGUGCGGAUGGUGUGUUCAGGGUGAUGAGCAGUAUUGCUUUUUCGCCACACAUAGCGCUUUGCAUUCAGGCCAGGAAGUUCAUCUCUGGUCUCAUCUGACCAGAGCACCUUCUUCCACAUGUUUGCUGUGUCCCCUACAUGGCUUGUGGCAAACUGCAAACGGGACUUUUUGUGUCUUUCUGUCAACUCUUCCAUAAAGGCCAGAUUUGUGGAGUACAGGACUUAUAGUUGUCCUGUAGACAGAUUCUCCCACCUGAGCUGUGGAUUUCUGCAGCUCCUCCAGAGUGACCAUGGACCUCUUGGCUGCUUCUCUUACCAAUGCUCUCCUUGCUCGGUCUGUCAGUUUAGGAGCACGGUAGUGAUGGGCACAGCAGUUCUUUUAGAUGUACUAAAUCACUAGAAUCAGUUCACUAAAAAGAUUCAUUCAUCGAAUCACCGAAUCAUUCAGUGCUUGGCAGGAGGAGCCUGCGGCUUCCUAAAGUGAUACGACGCUGAACGUUUCAGGAUUCAGUUCAAUUCAAAGCUUCCGGGACCGGGAGACGAGAGUGUUUGGCUGUGUUGCUUUGGCAAACAGGUUCAUAAAAAUGAACUUGUUUAUAAGUCAUGAUGUUUUAAGUGUACUGUCCUUUGGUAUGCUAUUUAUCAGGUCUGCUCGGUAAAUUGGGCCCAGUGAGUGAUUCGUUCACUGAACGUUUAGAAGAAUUCACACUGAACAUGAACCAUUCCCUCGCAAACCGCUGCAAUGAUAGGGGUUAGGGGAUGCUGUGGGUUUUAUGCACUAUUUGUUACAUGCUGUGUCCUAUUGUAUGAAAGUUGUUGUGGUGGCAAUUUAGCAGUAAAAAAUAAAAAAAAUAGUUUUGUCCAACAAAAAUAAUUCAAUGUGUGAUUCGUGAUUCAGGCGUUGGUGCAUGCGGUCCCUGGUUCACCGGCUGCUUGCCUGGCAAUGCUGCGUGCUAUAGCAUCUGCCCUGCUGACAGCUCAACUGAAGUGAGAAACGAACAAAUCACUUGAAGUGAUUCGGUCCAGUAAGUUCACUUAAAAGAUUUGGUUCUUUAGAAUGAAUCGUUGACGAAUGACAUGACACUAGUGGAUGGCCAUGUCUUGUUAGAUUAGCAGUUGUGGCAUACUUCUUAGUGUUGUGUCAUUCGGGAAUGAUUCGUUAAAAAGAACCGAAUCACUUGGUCAAGUGAUUUGUUCACAACCAUUGGGCAGUCCUCUUAAAAUCUCAUGAUUUAUAAACAAGUUCAUUUUAACAAACUUGUUUGUCAAAGCAACACAGCUACAACACUCUUGUCUACCGGUCCCAGAAGCCGAGAAUUGAACUGAAUCCUGAACGUUUAGCUGUGUAUUAGUUCAGGAAGUCGCAGGCUCCUCCCGCUAAGUGCUAAAUGAUUCAGUGAUUCUGUGAAUGAAUCGUUUGAACGAAACCUUUGAACAAAUCUUUUUAAUGAACUGAUUCCAGUGAUUCAGUACAUCUAAAAGAACUGCAGUGCCCAUCACUAAACUUCUUGGAUGAUAGAUUGAACAGUGCUCCUGCUUUGAACUUCUCCAUGACUUUUUCCCUGACCUGUCUGGUGAGUUCCUUGGUCUUCAUGAUGCUCUUUGUUGACAAGUGCUCUCUAACAAAGCACAGAGGGCUUCACACAACAGUUCUGCUGAUACUUAAUUACACACAGGUGGACUCUAUUAACUAAUUAGGUGACUUCUGGAGGCAGUUGAUUGCACUGCAUUUUAUUUAGUGGUAUCGGAGUAGAGGGGGCUGAAUACAAAUGCACACCACACUUUUCAGAUUUUUAUUAGUUUAGAUUUUUGAAAACCAUGUGUCAUUUUUGUUCCACUUCACAAUUACAUGCUACUCUGUGUUGGUCUAUGACAAAAAAAUCUCAAUAAAAUACCUUUAAGUUUGUGGUCGUAGAGUGACAAAAUGUGAAAAAGUUCAAGGGGUAUGAAGACUUUUUCAGGGCACUGUAUCUGGUCCUUUCCCAGGCAGUCCCUUCACCAAAAAGUGGAAAAAACGAAGUAGUUUUCCACUUUGUAUAGUGGCAACUCAAGCUAGUUUCUGUACUUUUUGAACCGAGUGACGCAGGCGCGCUCCCGUUAGGGGGUGUAUACGGCGGGGAUGCUUUCUACGGCACAACACCGGACCAAGAAGACGGACGUAUUACGCGUACCCAACCGGCCAAUGCAGCGUCUGCUCCGUUACUCCGUCUAUGGAGCCACCCCACUUUCACUUUACUUGGAAGUAGGAUUGAUAACAUGGCAGAAGAAAUGUCUCUCUAUGGAAUUAUACUUCUCCUUUCUGCACUGGGGAUAAUUCAAGAGGGUAAGAAACACUUCAAUCUGUGUUUUUGAGUUUCUUUGAGCCGGACGAAGCUGCGCGUCUGUGCUUUUUAAGUCACGCGCCUUGAUUUGGGUGAUUCCGUGUUACAUGUUUAGCGUUACACUGAAAACAACGUUGAAAUUUUUCGCUGCUGUAUUUUCUCCUACAUUAUAAGUUAUAACUCGACGACAGCGGUGAUAUUACAGCUAAUUUCUGCCAUCUGUGCGUAAAAAAAAGGCUAAAAUGCUUUUCCGGUUGUGUAACUCAAAACACUGCACGGAUUUACCAACGAGAGUUUGAUUAACAUGUUGAAAGUACUUGUUUUUUCCGGUUUGAGAGGCCUGCAUUGCGAAAUGGCAGCCUAUUGUCUGUUAAAUGAUAUUUGCUCGGGUUAGAAAAUUGCUUUCACCAUUUUGAAUGUAUUCAGAGGCUGAGCAGAGGUUUAUGAUAAUUUAGACCCUGAAAUAAAUGUUAUUAACUCAUACAAAGUGCUGUAUGAUCAUCAGUUUUCUUUAGACUUUUAAUAAACCUUUUGAAAGACCUUUAGUUAACAACUUAUCCUUUGCAAACAGACCACAAUGUGAGCUUUUGUCACCUGCAGGUCGAACAUUGAUACAGACACAGUCAGAAGGGUCUGUCAGGUUAGGAGACCAGGGGUCCGUUUCACGUAGGUGGUUCAACAAACUCUGAGUUAAAUCCUUAACUCUGAGUUGAUCUACUCUGAGUUAGGAAACUCUGAGUUUCCGGUUUCACAACACCUGAUUUGAGACGGUUUUAUCAACUCCGAGUAGUUUGACCUGGAGUUAAGCACGUGCACGCCAGACAUAAACAGCCAGCAUCUGUGGAGCGCAGAUUCAAUGAUCAACCAAUAGAAACAGGGAGAAGGAGGGGGCAGCAGCAAGCCAACAGCGAAUUACAGCACGUUUUUAAAAGAACGUGCAAUACAGCAGCAGCUGCAAAGGAGAGGGAGAGGGCUUGGGAGGAAAUCGCUGCUCGCGUCAAUGCGUAACUUUAAAUCUAGUCUCGUGCAAUCACAAUGACAGACUGUUGCAGGGAAACUGCUUGAAUCAUUUUGAUCAUGUUUUACAUUGUCAAGUAAGUAUUAAGUUUGAUCCCUUAGAAAAUGCUCUUUUCACACUCAAAACUGAAUUUUACUCUUUUAUGAUGUUCCGUUAAAUGAUUAGGAAUAUUAAACUAACUCUCAGUAUGCAUAUGUACAUAUAUUAAACUAACACACACUACACUCAAUAUUAGACUUUCACUCAGCAAACAGAAAGAGGGCAGAUGCCAGAAAAACGGGUGGUGGUCCAGCAGCCCCACCUUUAACGGAGGCAGAGGAGCUGCCCCCCCCUCGACGAUCGCAACCCCCACCCCGUCGCAGCGAUCGUCGGACUGGUGUGUGUGUCGGGGGGGGUGGGGGGGGGGAUUUGCGAUCGGACCGGCCGCGAUCGUCGAACGGGGGGGGGGGCAGCUCCUCUGCCUCCGUUAAAGGUGGGGCUGCUGGACCACCACCCGUUUUUGUGUUAGUUUAAUAUUCCUAAUCAUUUAACGGAACAUCAUAAGAGAGUAAAAUUCAGUUUUGAGUGUGAAAAGAGCAUUUUUGAUGGGAUCAAACUGCCACUUAACAUUUAUUUGACAAAAUAAACCUUGAUCAAAAUGAGAAAAUGCCGAUCUCUCACCUGAAACUCUGGGUUUACUGAGUUAAACCUGCUCCCGAGCAGGUUAGGUUCACGGAGUCUGUUCCUGUGGUAACUGACCGCGAGGUUGAGUUACCUCUCUUUGUGAAACAGGUUAGAGUUACCCCUCUCUCCCUGGUUUAACUAACCCUCCUUUGUGAAACGGAAAACUCAGAGUUUCCCUGAUUUCAGGGUUAACAAACUCGGAGUUUCCACUAAACCUGCUACGUGAAACGGACCUCAGGUGGACUUUAACUGCCAGCUAACACAGCCUGAUUAUGAUCACCAAACCACCGGGCCGAAGAUCCCAUCUUUUGUAGACCGGACCGUGAUCCACAAUAAACUUGAGAUUGACUGUGGACAGCGGAACAGCUCCAUAGUGGUCAGGUCGGUGAAAAAGCUGGAUGAAGGAUGCUAUAAAUGUAUGUUCAACUCCGACCCUGAUGGUGCUUCAUCUGGUCCCACCUGCAUCAGACACUACGGUAAGAAGAAGACUUAUUUUUAAAGCUUAUUUUGCAAGACAAUCAUAGAUAAUUCUCUAUUUUGUCUUAAUUUACCUGUUUCAGAGCUGUAUGGACCUGUUCUUCUCGCCAGAGGCCCGAACUCCACUGGAGACGUGGUUGUUUCCUGCACAGUCUCAGGUCGACCCAAUCCCUCUUUGGAAAUCACAGUCCCUCUGCAAGACCUGCACAUAGGAAGAACCCACUCCGACUGCCUCAUCAGCAACGACAGCUCAGUGACGUUCACCAUGACGGCAGUGAUAACUCGCCUCCAUCAGAACAGCACAGUGGUUGGAUGUGCAGCUCAGGUGUCCUCUCUUCCUGAGAAAAAAUCUUACAGGGUGUUUUUUGAGGUUAAACAACCCCCUGCUGAUGAUGGUAAGCAAAUGUGUCAAGAGCCACAGAUGAACAGGUUGAUAAACACUUUCUGGUUUUAACGCUUUUUGAGUUUUUCCAGCUCUCAAAGAGGAAUCUGAAGUGGAUGACUUCAGUAACAGUAAGUCACUGUUCAGUGUUCUUGCUGUCUUGAUUAUUGACUGUGUGGUCUUCAUGUUUCUCCUGUUUUCUUUAUCUCAAAGGGGAACCUGAAGUGGGUAACAUCAGUAACAGUAAGUCACUGUUCAGUAUUCUAGCUGUCUUGAUUGUUGACUGUGUGGUCUUCAUGUUUCUCCUGUCUUCUUUUUCUCAAAGGCAGGACUCUGAUCAUUGUGUUAGUUGUGUUGGCGAUCCUCAUUGGUUUGUCCGUGGCCCUCUUUUUCCUGUAUAAAUUUAAAAAACAGACCAGGUAAUUUUUUAGAAAAAUCUCUUGUGUCUCAGUUUUUGAGCCUUUGUUGUUUUUGAGGCACUAACUGUUCUGAAAUCCUUCAGUCUGCCACAUGUGAGCCAUCAGAUUGUUGAGACCAGUUGAGCUGCAGACAGAGACCCUUAGAGGUGAGAAAUGCUUAGAUUCACAUUUUUCUUUCUCUUAAAUAUCAGUAUUUGUUGUUUCAUAUGUCUUGGUUUUAUGACUCAAAUAUUGAGGAUUAAAGUCGAUGUUUGUUUACUUUGUCAAGGACUGAAGCAUCAAUGGAAGACAACAUUCAGAUCAGAUUUCGAUCAUCUCCUGUGAAGAACCCAGAAAGUGUUGAUGUGAGUCCAUCACCUGUAACUGUGGGAAUAACAAGAUCAACUUUUUGAAAACCAAAACAAGAUUAUGAAUCUUCUGUUUAAUAACCAGUUUAGAGUCAUUAUUUAUGAAAUGUUCUGGUUGAGCUUUUCCAAGCCACUCAAUCAACUUUCCUAUAACCUCUUUCCAGAAAGGAAAAAAACAAUGAGCACUCCCACAGUGAGUGCACCUGCCUGUGCGUUACACCUCCAACAACAGGUUAUUCUAUAUCAAGCCCAUUUCAUGGAGUCUUACUGUCGUAAAAUAGUAUCUAUGAAUAAUUUUAUAAUGUGUUAAUUUACCUCGGGCGUCUGUAAUGGGCCCGUCUGUGUUUGUUAUUAUGUUUUCCCACACAUCUUCCUCAAUGUCACAAUUUUAAUCUUUUUGCCAAAUUAGUGUAAAAUGUUUAUGUUUCCCACACUGGGCAUUUACUUAACUAGAAUAGAGGGUGAUGAAUUUGGGUCCGCAGAAAGCCAAAGGAUGUCAUCCGUGUAUAGAAACAAUUUAUGUUCUCUGCCUCCUGCCUUUACUCCUGUAAUUCCUGUUUCCGCCCUUAUUGCGAUUGCCAGAGGUUCUAGGAAUAAAAUAAACAAUAAAUGUGAUACCCCGGAUCACUUCUGAACAUGCGAGGGACAUUCUUACUUGAUAAUGUUUAGGGUAUGCUUACAGAGAGUGUCUGUGUGACUGAACAAUGUUCAAUAUAUGUUUACAGAAAGUGUGUAUGAAGCCCUGUCGCAGAAACCGUUGAAGUGUUGCUGAAAUAAGGUCUGUACGGUAAGCACCUUGAGGCCCGAUCGAAGGGCCUUAUCUUGUCUUUAUGCUGUCUUUAUGACAGCAUUAGAAAGACAACACCUGAUGGCUGAGCUCAUCAGAAAGGGGCUUCACUUCAUCAGCCUUGCCCAGACACCAUUAGAAACAAGGUUUUUAGAAAUUACAUAAAGAAAAAAUGUUGGUAGUAUAAUAAGAAGUGAAUGCCUAUUGUGAAAUGCUGUAUAAGAAGAGGAUUUUCCUUGUUUCCUCAGUCUGGAUUCUGCAGAUUUCAUUCUCACUGACUUUGUUCAUUCGCAUGCUGAAUAAAGUAACUUGGAUGCACCUUG